CGCGCCCUGUUUGAAAGAAGAAGAAGAAAAAAAUAGCGAGAGGAGCUCGUGCAGCAGAUGACAAGCUCCUCGUGCAGAGACACACCGUUUGAUUCAGGGCGAGAGCGACCAUGAGACUCAUCUUCUUCUUCUUCUUCUCCGGUGGUGCUCAGUGCUCCUGUUGACUUCUCCUCCUGCACUGCGAUGAAAUCUGGGAUUUGUACUAAACGCACUGCCUCCUGAAUUCCUUGGAGCUCAGCAUGACGACCACUGCCAUGGACACAAACAACAACAACAACAACAACAACACAGGAGGCGUGAUCUCCUACGUGGGUUCAUGUGGAGGCUCUCCGACCAGGACCAGCCCGGUCUCCAUGUACAGCGAGAACUCCAACUCCCAGCCCUGCUUCACCUCAUCCUCCUCCUUCCUCAGCAGCGGCUCCAGUUCAGGCUCUGCGGGGGACGACGGCUCCUCCUCGGCCUCGUCCUCGGCGGGAGGUUCACCUCGAGGCCGGGACGAUGGCGGCCCUCUGAGGUCGUCGCCCAGCAAGUCUGUGGCCAGUCUGACCAAACUGAAUGGCAUGGUGCUACUCUGUAAGGUCUGUGGUGACGUGGCCUCUGGUUUCCAUUACGGAGUUCACGCCUGCGAAGGCUGCAAGGGUUUCUUUCGUCGCAGCAUCCAGCAGAACAUCCAGUACAAGAAGUGUCUGAAGAACGAGAGCUGCACCAUCAUGAGGAUCAACAGGAACCGCUGCCAGCAGUGUCGCUUCAAGAAGUGUCUGUCGGUGGGCAUGAGCCGAGACGCGGUUCGUUUCGGUCGGAUCCCAAAGCGCGAGAAGCAGAGGAUGUUGGCUGAGAUGCAGAGCGCCAUGAACAACAUGGUCAACAACCAGCUGCAGAACGACUUCCAGCUCGCCAGCUUGUCCUCCUCCUCCUCCUCCUCCUCCACUUCCUCCCCCUCCACUUCCUCCUCCUCUUCCUCCUCUCCGUGUCCAGGGGUGACCAUUGCUCCCCAGCCCCAGCCCUCGGCCUUGCCACUCGCCCCGUCCUCCCCCUCUCCUCCUGCCCCAGCAUCAACUUCCUCCCCCUCUCCUCUCCCUCCUCCCCCUUGCCAGAGCCCCUCCCCCUCCCCGUCCCCUCAUCCGCCACCCAGCCCCGGGGUGGACUCCACCAUCAGCGCCAUCGCCCGCGCUCACCGUGAAACCUUCCUGUACGCCCACGACAAGCUGACCAGUCCCCAAGCGCUGCAGCAACAGCAGCCGAAUCACCACGGCAACAACGGGGAGGCGGAGCUUUGGGGUCCCAACCGCUGCCCUAACGGUUACCAGGCCAACGGGCUCAACACAAUCUAUCACCAUAACAACAACCUGGGUUCAGGCUGCUACCUCCAGCCGGACAACGGCCGCAAUGGCAUGCGCCAUCACCAUAGCAACGGGAGGCGGAGCCUUUUCAACAAUAACUUCUUCGGAGGAGAAGGGCAGAAGUGUCCGAUGAAGAACCGCUCGGGGAUAGUUCUGGCUUGUCCGAUGAACAUGAAACCUCAGGCCGACCCCUCAAAGACACCGCAGGAGAUCUGGGAGGACUUCUCGCUGUCCUUCACGCCCGCCGUCAGAGAGGUGGUGGAGUUCGCCAAGCACAUCCCGGGAUUCAGCACCCUGUCCCAGAACGACCAGGUCACCCUGCUAAAGGCCGGCACCUUCGAGGUGCUGAUGGUCCGCUUCUCGUCGCUGUUCAACGUGAAGGAACAGAGCGUCACGUUCAUCUCUGGCGCCACCUACAGCCUGGAGGAGCUCCAGGCGAUGGGGAUGAGCGACCUGCUGGGAGCCAUGUUUGACUUCAGCCACAAGCUGGCGACACUGGAGCUCAACGCAGAGGAGCUGAGUCUGUUCACCGCCGUGGUCCUGGUGUCUGCAGAUCGCUCCGGUAUCGAGAACGUGGCCUCGGUGGAACAGCUGCAGGAGAACCUGAUCCGGGCCCUGCGCUCGCUGGUCAGCAAGCCGGCCGUCGCCCCCGACAACAACAGUCACAACCUGGACUCACCUCGCUUCACCAAACUGCUCCUGAAGCUGCCCGACCUGCGGACCCUCAACAACAUGCACUCUGAGAAGCUGCUGUCCUUCCGCAUCGACGCCUGACGUUGCCGCGGCGACGGGGAAACGAGGCCGGCCACGUGGAGCCGAGCGACGCCCGGCGCCACCGGGGCCAACGUGCAAAGACAUGACAUGGUGGCGCCGUCGUCAGCACUCGGCUCACCGCCAAAAUAAGAGUCUGUUUACAGAGCUGCUCCUCCAGAGUCGACAAGAAGAGUCUUUUAUUUUUCCACAGACAGUUCGACCUCUGUUUAGCCUCAGAGUCUGGUCCAGGGGAAAACAGGUUUGUAGACAACAGCGCUAGUAAGACAUUUCAGUCGCACCAAUGGUGGAUAUGCCAACUGAAUGAGAUAAAACUUCUCAAAGGCAGAACUAAACUCACACAAACACAAAUCCUUCAGAAUAAAACUCUAGAGAAACAGAGACUGAGACUCUGUCUGAGCUGCACUCAAGACAAUUCAGCUGCCUUACGUUGGAAAUGAAUUCAGGCUCAAAGCCGCUAAAUUAAAUUAAAUUAAUCAUGUUUUAAUCCGUCAGGUCUCUCUUAACACCCUUUGAAAAAUGAACUUCAGUUUUGACUCUGGAAAAAAAAAAAUGGGAUUUGCCCUGAAUUUGAGCAGAAAGGUCUUCAAAGAGCGAGGACAUCCAGCACUUCCAGGCGCGCACACAUCCUUCGCGCGAUGACGCGAGGGAGCAGAUUUCUUAUUUUUUAAAAACCGUGGACUUGCCUCAGAGCCGACACCACCAGCCAGGAGGAGGCAGAACGCUGCGUUUAAGUACAGUCAGGAAAUCUGGCGUUGCGACGAGCUGCUGCUGCUGUGCAGAGCGACGCCUCAUCAAACAUUAUGCAGCAGAUCUUCUGUAUGAACUCUGUACAUAAAUAUCCAGUUAUACUUGAACUGCUUUGACAUCUAUAUUUUUAUGUUAUAUGAAUAUAUGUGCAAAUGUUAUGACUCUAUAAUGGUGUGUGGGGCACAAAGUGUAUAUACAACAGGUUUGAGACAUUGUGUAUGAAAUGGAAGUGAGAUAUUCUGAUGUCUGUAUUUUAAUCUGUUUUAUGCUGUAAAGAUCAUCUAUAUAUAUAUAUAUAAAUGUACACAGGAGAAUC